AGAAAGAAUAAUGAAAGUGUAAGUUCCCCUCCCUAAACAAGUGCAACUGGAGCCAACAGGAAAGAGAGGAAGAUGUCAAUUAAGCUCAGUCUGUACACACCCACACAGUCCUGGGAGCAGUUAUCCUAUCUUCCAGUGUUGAAUCGGUUCACCGUGUUCAUCAUCUCGUUUUCCACCCUGAUUAUAACUGUUAGUUUUGGUCUGGCUGAUUGUGGCUCCUGAAUAAUCAGAUCACUUGAGCCUGAUAUCCUGGGCUUGUUGCUCAGCCGGGGGAAGCAGACUGCCAUUUGGUUUAUGGGAUUUAAAGGUGUUUCAUGUUUCCUUUUUAUUUGAUCCCAAGUUCCUUUGGAAAUUGGUUGUCGUUAAAAAAAGAGGCGAGGGAUGAAAAGAGGACAGAAAACACGGUGCAGAUCGAGGAGGAGGAAUUUGUAUCAGAGGUCGUCCUGCAGAAUCUGUUGAUGUGCAUGGUGUGCUUCUACUCUCUCUACUACAUCGUGGUCAGUCUCUGCAUCGGACUGCUCAGGGUUCACGAGAUCAACAGCUUGUUGGCUCCGUUUGACUACACAACACAACCGUCAUGGCAGAACCCCAAAUACCUGGUUGGUGUAAUUUCCACAGAAGUGACCUAUGUUUUAGGAGGGCUGGUGUUUGCCUGGAUCGUAGAGGAGUGGGUCUGGGAUUACGCUAUAACUGUCACAUUGCUGCAUGUUGCGAUGACUGUGGCAGUGAUGUCAGAUUUCCCUUCAGCUGAGCACUGGUGGAUUGCUCUGGGUUCAGGCCUGGUGAUGAUGAUAUUUGGAGGACAGCUCUUGGCCUAUAAACUCUUCAGAAGCAACUUUGUCUAUCCAGCUGAACUGCAGAACUUCUAAUGAACACAAUGAGAAAAGCUUUUAAAUUGCUUACAGGUUAAUCUCAUGUCUGGAUGCAUCCCAGUGAGUUCACCUUGCAAGGUUCAUGAACACUAAAGUAUAUCUCUCAAGAUGCACUUUGACAGCUAGAUAACUGUUCAUUAACUUAUUGUCCUUCUACAAAUAGCUCAUAUACUAUUUAACAGUGUUUUUUGUAACAUAUCCUGUACAGUUUAAAUAUUGUUUUAUAUUUUUUCUUUACAAACUUCAUACUGUAACAAAAUGACACCUUUAGCAUUCAAUAAAAGCCUGGAUUUUACAGCUGUAAAAUAUGUACUACCAGAAAAUCUACUGAGUGAUAUUUUUGCAGUAGUGAGUAAAGUCAGCUAUUUCCCGUCAGUGUAAUAUUUAGAAUGUGUUACAUACUAGUUCUGUCUAUAGUGUAGUAGUCUGAUAGAGAAAAUAACAAGAAAAAAUCAUGUCAAAUCUGUGCCAUGUGGUCAGAAAACUGAACAAAUUCAAAUCGUUUGUAACCUGAUCUCCUCAUACUUGUCUAAAUGUGAGUGGAUUCUGUUGGUUUCAUGUUUAGGUGCUAUGAAAAGUUCACAUCUACACCACAAAUAAUGAUUUUAAUGCUGGUUGUAUAUAUUAGUUCAAAUCUAUUGGAUUAACAUUAAAUAAUUCAUGCAAAAAGAU